CGCCCAGUCAACAGAAUUUAUAAAUGAUAUUCAAGCGUUUCAUAAGUCGCAUAAAUGUCAUCGUGACACAAUGGUGUGUGAUUAUCGUUUACCCACCUCGGAAUCACCGACAAUAACAACAAGUAAAAUACUGGCAACACCCAACACUUGGUCACGUGGUGCCUAUCAAUGCCUGUGCAAGCGCGGCUACUAUUCGAUACGACAUCCAGAUGGCUUUAAUGGCACCAUUAUGGAAAUUGCUUGGAAAGAACAUCAGGAUAAUAUUAGCAAUUACUAUGCCGAAGUGUUCACUUGUCUGAAGUGUGCACCGGGCUGUGAAUCGUGUACAGGACCCGAACCAUGUUUGGCCGAUUACAAUUGGCCUUUUAGAAUAUCAUUACUAACCAUUUCGGUGGCAUGUGCAAUUGGUUGCUGCAUUUUGGCCGGAUAUCUGUUUCAUCACAGGAAGAUGAAGGUCUUCAAAGUGGCCAGUCCGAUAUUUUUGCUAAUCACCCUGAUUGGAUGUUCAAUUAUGUAUUUGGAG